CCGCACAGCAGCAGCUCCGCCAGCGCCGGCACCUCGGGGAGCGGCGCUCCUGCAGGCACCGAAACUUCCUCCUUCGCUCGUGGCAGCCGCCCAGACAGGUUCUUUCUUUUUUUUUUUUUUUUUUUUGUUUUGUUUGUUUCUGUUUUUUUUUUUUUUUUUUUUGAACUUCCUCUCCUCGCUCGGUGCCCGCCUGCCCGCCGCCCUGGCGCACCUUUUACCGGCCCCGGCCAUGUACAGCAUGCUGGAGACGGAGAUCAAGGCGCCGCAGCCCACGCCGGGCAGCACCGGGGGCACCCCCGCUCCGGGGAGCACCGGCAAAGGCGGCGGCGGCGGCGGGGCCGGCAACGGAGCGGGAGCGGGCUCGGACCAGGACCGGGUGAAGCGGCCCAUGAACGCCUUCAUGGUGUGGUCCCGCGGGCAGCGGCGGAAGAUGGCCCAGGAGAACCCCAAGAUGCACAACUCGGAGAUCAGCAAGCGCCUCGGCGCCGACUGGAAGCUGCUGAGCGACGCCGAGAAGCGGCCCUUCAUCGACGAGGCCAAGCGGCUGCGGGCCGUGCACAUGAAGGAGUAUCCGGAUUACAAAUACCGGCCCCGGAGGAAGACCAAGACCUUGCUGAAGAAGGACAAAUACUCGCUGCCCGGUAACCUGCUGGCCCCGGGAGGGGGCAACGCGGUGAGCAGCCCCGUCGGGGUGGGGCAGAGGAUUGACACUUAUGCCCACAUGAACGGCUGGACCAACGGGGCUUACUCGCUGAUGCAAGACCAGCUGGGCUACAGCCAGCACCCGGGCAUGAACAGCCCGCAGCUGCAGCAGAUGCACCGCUACGACAUGACGGGCCUGCAGUACAGCCCCAUGAUGUCCACGGCGCAGACCUACAUGAACGCCGCCUCCACCUACAGCAUGUCCCCCGCCGCCUACGGCCAGCAGCCCUCCACGGCCAUGAGCCUGGGCUCCAUGGGCUCCGUGGUGAAAUCCGAGCCCAGCUCGCCGCCCCCGGCCAUCACUUCCCACUCGCAGAGGGCCUGCCUGGGAGACCUGCGGGAUAUGAUCAGCAUGUACCUGCCCCCCGGCGGGGAUGCCACAGACCCUUCCGCGCUGCAGGGCAGCAGGUUACACAGCGUGCACCAGCACUACCAGAGUGCCGGGACUGCCGUCAAUGGUACCGUACCACUAACUCACAUAUAGACUUGGCUGCUCCGGACGCCUCCCCGUCCUAAUCCCCAACCCCAGCACCGCUCCCUGACUACACCGGGACGUACGGCAGUGUUUCUCGGCUUAGCAGACUUAAUACUAACUCUGGAGAAAUUUUAAAAAGGAAAUCCGUUAGUUGUGUCCUUUUUUUUUUUUCUUUUUUUUUUUUUUUUUUUUUUUUUUU